AGAGAGAUUUUCCUUAAUUUAUUUAUUGUGGGUGUUGUUUUUGUAGCUUACAUUUUCCAAGUUGGUGCUGUUAACCUGGAAUGUUAUCAAUGCGGAACUAAGUCUUUAGUAAACGAGUCCAUGGUAUGCAAUGACCUUCUUCUCGAUGAAGUAACAGGUGUAACGAACAUAACCAACCAGAACCUAACCACUACCAAGUGUUACUACAACUCAGGAAGUUGCUACUCCUUCUACCUGCACUAUGUUUUUGAGUACGAGCCCGUUGAGAAGAACAGAAUUCUUAACUGUUCGUGGGAGGAAGAAAAAAAUUGCACAGAGAUUUUGGGGGAAGAUAUUCUUUUCCUGAAUAAUAUAACACUCCUUACGAAUGGAUCUUUUAACUACACUGGCGAGGAUUAUGCUGGAUGGCACUACAGAAACGAAACGUACGAGUAUAUUCAGCCACCGGAGGAUUACCGAAUGUUCCAGAAAGGUUGCACUGACAAGGUGAAAUCUUUCUGUUUCGAAGCAGAAGAGUUUGAAAAUGAAACUACGGGAGAGAAAGAAUGGACUGAGCGUGAAGACUGGCAGAUAAAUGUGACUGCUAUAAAAGAAGAAAAAGAAAAAGGAAGAAAAGCGUACGUCGACUGCCAGUACUACACGUGCAACAAAGCGUUGGAUGACGAAAAACCAUGCAAUCACAUGUUCAACGACAAACAUUUGUUGGGAUCUAGUUAUGGAAUGAUUCCUCAACUAAGCUUGUUAUUGCUAACAUCAAUAUGCUCCAUAUCUCUGUGCCCUUUGUAAAGAAUUUUUGUUGCCUCAUUGAAGU